UUUCGGUUUCCUCUUCCAUAUACUCAGAAAGCCAAAAAAGGUGAUUCUCUAAAGCACUAAACUAAAGUCUAAAAGGCAUAAGAUUGCCGAUCGACGGUGAGUAAGAUCGGAGAUUGAAAGCAGCAAUGGAGGAUCACGUCGGCGAGCACGAGAAGAAUCGGGAAACGGAAUCAGUUAUUGAGAAGAUAGCGGAAAAGGUUCACGGUGACGAUUCGUCGUCGUCAGAUUCUGAAGAUGAGAAGGGAAUCAAGUCGAAGGCUGACGCCGUCAAGACCAAGAUCUAUCGACUCUUAGGCCGUGAAAGGCCUGUGCACAAGGUUCUAGGUGGUGGAAAAUCUGCUGACAUUUUCCUGUGGAGGGACAAGAAAAUUUCCGCUGGUGUGCUGGGUGUUGCGACAACAAUUUGGGUGCUUUUUGAGUUGCUUGAAUACCACUUACUCACACUAGUAUCCCAUAUUCUAAUUUUCGCUCUGACCAUCCUUUUCCCGUGGUCAAAUGUUUCCGCCUUCAUCAAGAAGGCCCCACCUAAAAUCCCAGAAGUCAUCAUUCCUGAGGAUGUUGUCCUGGGUGUAGCUUCUGCCCUUGGGAUUGAACUCAACAGUGCUCUUGCAAUCCUCCGAGAUAUUGCAUGUGGCAGAGAUCUGAAGAAAUUCCUCGCUGUGGUUGCCAGUCUUUGGGUACUUUCAGUUUUGGGGAGUUGCUGCAACUCCCUAACCUUGUUCUACAUAUGUUUUGUUCUGCUUCACACCGUGCCUGUACUUUACGAGAUUUAUGAGGACCAGGUUGAUGCUUUUGCUGAAAAAGCGGAAGCAGAGUUCAAGAAGCAAUAUGCUGUGUUCAAUGUUAAGGUUCUGAGUAAAAUUCCCAAAGGCUCCCUGAAAGACAAGAAGCUGGCGUAGGGAGACCGAGGUGGGAUUACUGGGUUUUCAUUGACACGAGGGUAGCUCUAAUUUUCAGUUUUGUAUUUUUUGACUCAGUUUAUCAGAGGGAGCCCAUGUUAACUGAUUUGCUUUAACAACCUUUGGGUUCAUAAUUUAAAAUGAAAUGGUAAUUUUUGGGGUAGUUUCGA